AUGGGAUUUGUGAGUAGAAUGGAGCAAGCAAACAAUGACAAAGCCAAAUAUGGCGGUGGUGGGAGCGUUAGCAUUGCCGAGAGAAGGGCAGCCAAGUGUGGAUUCAAUGCCGAGAGGAUCAAUACACCGCGUUUCAGGAAGAACACCGCCAGCCCUUUGCCGUCGCCGGCGGACAGGUCUCCUGGCCACCUCACUCUCCCUCCGGGAAUCAGCCCCACUGCUCUGCUCGACUCCCCCAUGAUGCUCCCCAAUUCUCAGGCACUGCCAUCUCCUACUACCGGAACUUUUCCUAUGCUUCCUCCUAAUGGUGACAGUUCAAUGGUGAAAUCUGCAACUAAUGAGGAUGUCCAUAGGACUUUUAAUUCAUCCUUCAUGCUCAAGAAUCAAGGUGAUCCUAAGUAUCUGCCAGGUUAUUCUGGUUUUGAGAAUCAGAUGGCAUUACCAUCUAAGUUUAGGCCUUCAGCUGAUGCUGCCAUCAUGUUUAACUCAAACCAGGAGUCAAAUAUUCUCUUUGAUGAAGUUGACCGUUUAAUGGGAUCGAAUGUUGACUAUGAAGCUCUUGUGUUGGAGCAACAGCCAAUGGAUUUUGAGUUCCCGAUGGAAUUCCCUGAAGAACUGAAUGCAAAGAACUAUGCUGUUGAUCCAUCUAAUGAUAAGAACUUGAACAGUGUCAUAAUGAAUGAGAACUGUGUUGACUUGCAAAUGCCUCAUUCCAGCAUAGCUAGUGAUCAUAAUUCUCUUCCAAAAGAAAUUAUUCAUGGGGAGGAUGUUGAAACACAUCAACUUUUGGAAGGAGAACAUAAAGGGUAUCCAUCUCUGGGAAUGGCAAGGAAUUCAGAGGAUGGAUACAAUUGGAGGAAGUAUGGGCAGAAACAGGUUAAAGGUAGUGAAUAUCCAAGGAGCUACUAUAAGUGCACACAUCCAAAUUGUCUGGUGAAGAAAAAGGUGGAACGAUCCUUUGAUGGUCAAAUAACAGAAAUCAUUUACAAGGGAGCUCCUCAUAACCAUGCACAACCUCAGCCUAAUCGACGAGCUGCAGCAUCACUUGGACUAGCAUUUUCAUUUGAUGAGAUGUCAGAGAUGGCUGAGGGCAAUAGAACCUCUGUCAAAGCUGACCGUGAUUCAGUUUGGGCAAAAAUUCAGUCUGGUGAGGACAUUAAGAGUGGUUAUGAUGGGAAGACUGAUGGUCUGGAAAGGACAUCCUCAACAUCUGUUGUUACUGAUCUUUCUGAUCCAUUGUCGGCCACUCAAGGAAAAUCCCCGGCUAUCUUUGAAUCUGCUGAAACUCCGGAGUUUUCAUCCGCACUUGCUAGUCUUGAUGAAGAUGACCAGGCCGCCCAACGGGGCAUAUCACUUGGAGAUGAUGGAGAUAAUGAAGAAUCUGAGUCAAAAAGAAGGAAGAAAGAUAGCUGCAUGAUUGAAACAAGUAUAGCUUCCAGGGCUGUCCGUGAACCAAGAGUGGUUGUCCAAAUUGAGAGUGAAAUUGACAUACUUGAUGAUGGCUACCGUUGGCGGAAGUAUGGACAAAAGGUUGUCAAAGGAAAUCCAAACCCCAGGAGCUACUACAAAUGUACUAGUGCUGGGUGCUUAGUAAGGAAGCAUGUCGAAAGGGCCUCCCAUGAUUUGAAAUACGUUAUUACUACAUACGAGGGAAAACACAACCAUGAAGUGCCUGCAGCCAGAAAUAGUAACCAUAUAAACUCAAGUGGUGCCAAUGGACAUACACCUGCUGCCAGUGCUCAGCCACUGGCGUUAUCCAGAAAUACCAACAUUCCAAAGCCUGAGACACAAGUACAAGAUCUUGCGCCUCAUUUUGAUAGAAAACCAGAGUUUCAUGAUGAAUACCUGCGCCCUACUUAUCUUGGGAAUUUCAACAAUGACCUGAAAUUCGGAGCUUCCUCCAUUUACCAGAUGAAGUUCCCACCUCUUCAGAAUGCAAUGCCUUAUGGCUCUUAUGGUCUAAACGCUAGUCAUCACAAUGUAGCUCACCAGGCUGGUUCUGUUGUCCCAGACUUCUCCAUGUCGCUGCCCUUGAAUCUUCCCCCAACCGGAAAUCUCGGUCUCACAGGUUAUGAUUUCAAUAAUGGGAAGUCAGUGUGUCCAGUGCAGCCUUAUUACUCAGGACAGCAGCUGCAGGAGAAUGAUUUAAGGUUCCUGAAGCCAAAACAAGAGCAGAAGGAUGAGAACCUUUAUGAUGCCUGCCUCCCCAUCAUUGACCAGGGAACUGCAUCACUGUCACCAAACUCAUCGCUAUUCUACAGAAUCAUGGGAGGCUAUUCAUCUUAA